AUGAAGGAUGUGACAAUGCAGUGGAGUCCCGUUAAAAUUUUUCGGCUUGGAAUUUUUUUUCUUCUUGUUAUUGUUGGGUGCAGUGAUGGCUAUCUUAACAUAUUUAUCAGCCAAUCACAAGUUAUGAAAUUACUAGGUUUGGAAGCUGAACUAUAUUACGUACGAGAAGGUGUAGUGAAUGCAUACGCAAUGACAUUCGUUGUACCUGUGCCGGCGAAUAUUGCAGACUUGGAAUUUUCUUGGCAGAGUUUAGCUGGUGUUCCACUACCUUACUCUAUGGAACUAGAUUAUGAUGUCGUGGGAGUGCAAGGUGGUAAUCCCGAGGCAGUUGCACUACUACGACCGCAAGUUAAUGUUUCAUCCAGAGGCCAAAUACCAACGACACUUCAAGUCUUUAGAAUUCGUAUUCCAUGUUCAGGUUUACUUAGUGCUGAAAUACCAAUGGCAUUGAGGCUCAAUAUUUCAGCACCUCCUGGUACUAAGUACAACGAUACCACGCUGGUAUUUAGGCGUAACAAAAUUUGUCUUAAAGGUGUUGAAGCACCACCGAGUAACGAUUCAGUGCGUUUAGAAGCUGGUCCUUUCAUUAAUGGUACAGGUGCACUCUACCUUGCAGCAACCUGCGCGUGUGCUUUUAUCCUCGUUGUUGGUAGUGUUGCCAGUGCUUUGUAUAUACGUAACAGCAAAGCUCGUGUACAAGAAUCACAAAAAACGUUGCCAUGCUGCAGCUACUCAGCAGCGGGUACGGGUGGACUGACCGGAAGCUCAGUACUGGUAAGGGUAGAUCCAAGGCCAGGAAGUGCCAACUCAGGAAGCUACGCGACUAUCGCAGACCUCGAGCCUUUGUACGCGCGGCCCUGCGGUUCCCGAGCGAGUUAUUACGCAGCCAGUCACGUUACCAACAUAAGCCAGACAACUGAUCCAUGUGAUAAAGCCCGAGCAAUGGCAAUUCCUAGAUCAGCACUUUACUGCCGAAGUGUUGUACAAGAAGGUACAUUCGGAAGAGUUUAUAAAGGUUCACUAAAUAUUGCCGGGCGAGAACAAGAAGUUAUCAUCAAAACUGUGACAGAAGUGGCAUCGGCUUACCAGGCAUCACUUUUGGUAGUUGAGGGUUCCCAAUUAGCUGGUCUAGUGCACGGAAACAUAGCAUCACUGGUGGCCGCGUGUUUGGACAGUCCAUGUCCGCUGUUGGCUUACGCCAGUUCACCCAGCGAGCUCAAUCUGAAGACCUACCUUACCGACGGCCUUCAUCAUCCAGUUACCCGCGAUCUAGUCAACGUCGGUGUACAGGUGGCUCGUGCUGGCGCUUUUCUACACGGUCGCGGUCUUUUGCACAGGGAUAUAGCAACAAGAAACUGCUUAAUAGAACCUAAUAAUUUCCGAGUACGUUUAGCAGACGCAGCAUUAGCUCGGGAUUUAUUCCCGCAAGACUAUCAUUGUCUUGGUGACAAUGAAAACCGACCAAUUAGAUGGAUGGCUUUGGAAAGUCUCGAACACAAUCAAUACAGCACUGCCACAGAUAUUUGGUCGUUUGGUGUAUUCCUCUGGGAAUUGGCAACAAUGGGCGGACAACCCUACGUAGAGGUGGAUCCCUUCGAAAUGAUGGCUUGCCUGAGAGACGGCUACCGACUUGUGCAACCCCGCCCUUGUCCAGAUGAGCUUUUUGCCGUGAUGGCAGUGUGCUGGCUGGGAAUGGCUCGAGACAGACCAACUAUGCCCCAGCUUCUUGCCUAUCUCCAGGAAUUUCACGACGCUCUCGGUGGAUUCAUCUGAAGUGUCUUAUAAUCCGAGAAUGCCGAGAGAAUCCUGUUUAUAUAUAUGCUAUUAGAAGUGGACUAAAAACUGUUCUACUGGUUUAAGGACUAAAUUAAAUUAUAUUGAUAUAAAAAGCCAGGAAUAUUCAAUUUUCAGGGUCAACUAUUUGGUUUUUAUUAUUAUAAAAUUAUAGUAUAGGUAUCUAUUAUAAUUGUAUUAUAUUUCUAUAUAUAUAUGACAAACGAUCAUGUGGAUUGUUCCGUGCCCAAAUAAUGAUAAGUCUUUCUCUAGUCUUUUUAUUGUACAAUAAUAUUUCAUUUAUUUUUCUACACGUCAUGAAUGCUCAAAAGAUUUUACUCGAAGACGAAAUAAACCAUAAGAUUACCGAGUCUGAUACUCGGUACUUAUCUUAUUUUAUUGG